AUGCCUCCUCUCACUUUGAGAGGAAUAACGGUGGAUUUCCCUUUUACUCCAUAUCCGUGCCAGAAGGAUUAUAUGAGUAAAGUGAUUGAAUGUUUGCAAAAUAAAGUUAAUGGAGUGCUUGAAAGCCCAACGGGAACGGGUAAAACCCUUUGCCUGUUAUGUGCCACGCUUGCCUGGAGGGAGCACUUUAAAGACACCAUCUCUGCCCGCAAAAUAGCAGAGAAAAUGGGAGGUGUUGAACUUUUCCCGGACAGGCCCUUGUCAUCGUGGGGAACGUCAGCUACAGAUGGGGACACCCCAGCUUAUUACACAGACAUGCCAAAGAUAAUCUAUGCAUCCAGGACCCAUUCUCAGCUGGCACAAGUCAUUAAUGAGUUGAAGAAUACAUCCUACAGGCCUAAAGUUUGUGUUCUGGGAUCUAGAGAGCAGUUUUGCAUCAAUCCAGACGUGAUGAGACAGGAAAGCAACCACAUCAAGGUCCAUAUGUGUAGAGCUAAAGUGUCAUCCCGUUCAUGUGUUUUCUACAACAAUGUUGAAGAGAAAAGCACAGAUAAAGAAAUCACGAAUUCUAUACUGGAUGUCGAAGAUCUUGUUAAAACUGGCAAGAAGCAAAGGGUUUGCCCAUACUAUCUGUCCCGGACGCUUAAACAGAAUGCAGACAUCAUCUUCAUGCCAUACAACUACCUCCUGGAUCCAAAGAGUCGUAGAGCUCACAACAUUGAACUGAAGGGAGCUGUGAUUAUUUUUGAUGAGGCACAUAAUGUGGAGAAGAUGUGUGAGGAGUCCACAUCUUUCGACCUCACCCCAUAUGACUUGAUCUCCGCCAUUGAAACAGUGGACAGAGUUUUAUCUGAACAGGCUAAGGAGAUUAGCCAUGGACAUACUGCUGAAGAUUUCAAUGUGGAUUCCCUAAACUCAGGGUUGAAACUAGACAUCACCACAAUUGCUAAGAUUAAACAAGUUCUCAUGGAUCUGGAGAAUGCCAUUAAUUCAUUUGAGAUGCCUGUAAGCAACCAAGGGAUCACUAAACCUGGAAGUUUCAUCUUCGAGCUGUUCCAAAAAGCCCAUGUCAGCUUUGACACCAAGACUGGUAUUGUGGAGGCCAUGGAGCAGAUCAUAGGAUAUUUAGCCGGGAGGCCGGGUGUGUUUCUGAACACCAGUGGACUCCAGAAAGUUGCAGAUAUAAUUCAGCUGGUAUUUGCCGUUGAUCCACAAGAGGGCAGUACAAGGGCAUAUCUGGAGAACAGUACACAACAGUUUAAGGUUCACAUUCAUCCGGAUAUAAGCAACAGCAGAAAAAAGCAGAGCACUGAUGUCUGGUCAGCUUCCUCUUCAAAGAAACAAGGGAACAUACUCAGUUACUGGUGCUUUUCUCCGGGCUUCAGCAUGCAAGAGUUAUGUAAGCAGGAAGUACGCUGCCUCAUUCUGACCAGUGGAACACUUUCUCCCCUCUCCUCCUUCACGUCCGAGAUGCAGAUACCUUUCCCCGUGUGUCUAGAAAACCCUCACGUGAUCGAACGUGACCAGAUCUUCGUCAGCAUUAUCGAUAAGGGACCUGACAGCAUUCAGCUGAGCUCAGCGUACGACAGGAGAUUUGUUCCAGAGAACAUGGCGUCCUUGGGAAACACUGUUGUAAACCUUGGUCGUGUUGUUCCCCAUGGCUUGCUUGUUUUCUUCCCUUCCUACCCAGUGAUGGAUAAAACUCUUGAGUUUUGGAGGGCCAAUGGACAUGCCGAUCGUAUUGAGAAUAUGAAGCCAAUGUUUGUCGAACCCAAGGGAAAAGGCACGUUCACAGAGAUAAUAGAUGCUUAUUACGACAAGGUCAAAGACCCCCAAUCCCGUGGAGGAAGUUUCUUUGCCGUCUGCAGGGGAAAGGCGAGUGAAGGGUUGGAUUUUGCAGACACGUACGGUCGAGGGGUGAUAAUCACGGGCCUCCCGUUCCCUCCCAGGAUGGACCCCAGAGUGCUCCUGAAGAUGCAGUACUUGGACGAGAUGUGUCGAAAGAAAACGGCCAACGUGAAGUAUUUGUCAGGACAAGAGUGGUACAGACAGCAAGCGUCCCGCGCUGUCAAUCAGGCCAUUGGGAGAGUGAUCCGUCACCGCCAGGACUAUGGUGCCAUCUUCCUGUGUGACCACAGGUUUAAGAAUAAUGAUGUCAAGGCUCAGCUGCCCUCCUGGGUUAAGCCUUACAUUCGUAUCCACGACAACUUCGGCACCGUGGUCCGUGAAGCAGCUCAGUUUUUCCGGGUUGCUCAGAAACUGAGGCCUCUGCCAGAGCGGACAGUGAAAGAGGUGAACUCUGAUGUCAUUGCCUCAGCAGAUACCAGCGGCGAGAGAUCUAGAAACACAACACAAAGCAGUUGGCUUAGCCGUCCCACGCAGAAAGCUAAAAUGUUAGAUUCUCACGUUCCCAGUCUGAAGAGGAGACGCGUAGAUGAGCAGAGUGGCGGAGAUGGAACAGCAAGACUCUGUAUCCAAUAUGAGACGGACAUGUCAUCCAGUAAAAAGAAACCGGUGGGACUGCUGGAUGCACUGGAACGCAGUGACUGGAAGACAGAGGAAGAAGAGGAUACCCCGGUGGGAGAGGAGAGGGCUAGUCGUUCGUCUACGCUCUCUCUUCAACACGAUAAACGUCUAGAUGAUGAAUCUCGAGGUGGGAAACGGAAAAUCAAAGUAGUUCAGGACCGGAAAUCCUCGGACGACAGCAAGGCGGCCAAAGGGAAGGCAUUCCUGGUGGAGCUGAAGAGAUGUUUGAGUCAAGAGAGUUUUAUGUCAGUCAUGCAAGCACUGCAAACCUACAAAGCCACAGACAACCUGGAAGAUCUUCUGACCAAGGCUGCCAACAUACUGACCACAGAUCCAAACACCCACAGUUUACUGAGAGGACUUUACCAGUUCAUUCGACCACAUCACAAGAGACAAUUUGAUGAGAGAUGUCAGCUUCUUACUGGCCAAGGCUGUGGCUAUAAGCCUGAACAUUCACUGACCAGGGAACAGAGAGAGUCACUCAUCCAACCAGAAGUAAAGACUGUCACUCCCGGUAUUGGCACAAGCUGCAGACAACUGGACUCAAGCAAACAGUUGAAUCUGGGGGGCUCACAUUUGAGCACUUGUAGUAUCGUUGAAGAUUUGAAAGAUCAGAGCCAACACCACCCUGACAGGGACUGUCAGAGUCAAAUGAGUUCCAUGCUGCUGACAGAUUUAAAAAAGGCUAUUGGCACUCAGAAAACAAAUCAGCUUUUCUUAGCCCUACAAACCUAUAAAAAAACGGACAAUUACGAUCAAAUGGUAACAACUGUUGUAAGUCUGUUAAGUGAGAGAGAUGAAGACCUGGGACUGCUCAAAAGGCUAAUGCCAUUCAUUCCAUCACAUCACAGUCAGAGGUUCAAGGAAACAUUGAUGGCUCUGAUGGGGAAUACCUCCAUACCCAGCAAUAAUGCAGAUAAACCUCCCAAUGGUCCAAACAAAGGAAUGUAA